GCCUCGCUGCCGUCCUCUGAGCUGUAGCAGUACGUCUGUUUAACACGCCUUUGUUGCGAAUGUCACGGUGGCUGUGUGUUUGCUGUUUGUGUCUGAUCUGCUCCGUGUCUCCAGGGGAUGGGGAUGACUUCCUCAGUAUGGCCGAGUGUCAGUACAUCAUUAAACAUGAGCUGGACACAUUAAGAGCCAAAGAUGAGACUCAUGUACCCGGACACUCCCAGGUCAAGCUCUACCCCGGGAAAUCUAUCAUUCGCAGACUGCAGUCUAAAGGGAUCCUGAUCCAGAUGUUUCCUCUCCAUGAAAAGGAGGAACUAAAGAGACUGUCUUUCUCUUGGUACAAAAAGGUGAAGCUGUCCCUGCAGCCUCUCGAUGACAUCAGACACUACUACGGUGAGGGUCAGGCCCUCUACUUUGGCUUCCUGGAGUACUUUACCUUUGCGCUGGUGCCUAUGGCUCUCAUUGGAGCGCCUUACUAUCUGUUUGACUGGGAGGACUACGACAAAUAUGUGGUCUUUGCUGUGUUCAACGUGGUCUGGUGCACUGUUAUUCUGGAGUUAUGGAAGCGUUGCAGCGCCUCGCUGGCCUACAGAUGGGGCACGCUGAGCAGAAAGAAGGCCUUUGAAGAACCUCGGCCUGGUUUCCAUGGCGUCCUCGGGUUCAACCCUGUGACGGGCCGCGAGGAGCCUCUCUACCCCAACUCCAAAAGGCAGCUGCGCAUCUACCUUGUGUCCCUGCCCUUCGUCCUGCUCUGCCUCUACUUGUCCCUCUAUGUCAUGAUGAUGUACUUUCAGAUGGAGGGAUGGGCGCUGUCAGUCCACGACGAGGACCCCACAUUCUGGACAGGAAUAAUGCUCUUCAUCCCCAGUAUUAUCUACGCCGUGGUCAUAGAGAUUAUGAACCUCAUCUACAGAUACGCGGCUGAGUUCCUCACUGAGUGGGAAAAUCACAGGCUAGAGUCUUCAUAUCAGAAUCACUUGGUCCUCAAAGUGUUAGUAUUCAACUUCUUCAACUGUUUUGCCUCGCUGUUCUACAUCGCCUUUGUCAUGCAGGACAUGGUGCUCCUCAGACAGAGUCUGGCCACCUUGUUGAUCACCAGUCAGAUCUUGAAUCAGUUCAUGGAGGCCUUCCUGCCCUACUGGCUCCAGAGGAGACGCAACAAGAAGAUGAUCCACAAAAUCCGGAAGGGAAGAACUCUGGAGGACCAAGAGCUUCCUCUGGCCGAUCAGGUCCGGCUGGAGGCCGACAUGAGCACGUACCUGGGUACAUUCGAUGACUACCUGGAGCUGUUCCUGCUGUUUGGUUACGUCAGCCUGUUCUCCUGCGUCUACCCUCUGGCUGCUGUCCUGGUGGUUUUGAACAACAUCACAGAGGUUUACUCUGAUGCUUUCAAAAUGUGUCGCGUCUUCAAACGACCCUUCUCUGACCCGGCAGCAAACAUAGGAGUCUGGCAGCUCGCAUUUGAGGCCAUGAGUGUGAUAGCCGUUGUGACCAACUGUGCACUGAUCGGCAUGUCUCCACAAGUCAAGGCUUUCUUCCCCAGCUCAGAGACACAGCUCCUUUGGACAGUGGCUGUUGAGCACGUCCUGCUGGCCUUCAAGUUCAUCCUGACCUUCCUCAUCCCAGAUGUUCCCAAACACAUCCAGAUCAAACAGGCCCGGCUGGAGUUUGAAUCACUGGAGGCCCUCAAGAAAAAGAAAAUGCUUGAAGCCCCGGAGCUCAGUAAGACCAUCCAGUGAGGAGGAGAGGAGGGCCUACAGAUACUGAUGGGCCGCCGGCAGCCGCUUCACCCAGCUUUAACAGAUCCCACUGUUGUUUACACCGACACGCUAAGAUUUUUAUGCAGGGGUGUGCUAUUGAUCUGCAGUAUCCUCUCUACUCACCCCCUUCACCGAAGUAAAAAUGGGGCAAACUGUGGUAAACUUUUCCAAGAGCGGAUGAACAGACCAGAUGAACUGUGUUGGUCUCUUGUUACUGUAAAGGGGUUUUAUUAUGGGGGGGUGUACAUGGGAUAAAAGCCAAUCACAGAAGAAUGCUGUAUUAUGACUAUACUGUAGCAAAUAUUGCUGUUAUAUCCAUGAAAGUAGUUUCUGUCCUGUUAUAUGUGUGUUCUGUUCUUCAGCCACUGAAGUCACUUUGGGUUGGGUUUAAACAGUACUGUGGAUUGGGAUUAUACACACCCUUUAAAACUUCCCCACCUACAGUUAUGAUUACUAAUGAGUUAUAAUCCUACAGGGUGAUGGUUCAUACACAGAAAACAAACUCCACCAUUUUACCAAAGACUCCUACUAAUAACCUACUGGCUUAAAUGACAGUAAACAACCGAUGCUGACUACCUUUCUGUAUUAGAGCUGCUUGUAAUUGAUCAACAUAUUCUCAUCUUAAGUUCUUUACUCCAAGUAUGGAAGCAAAUAAUGAAGCAGUGAAAUUUAAUUUGUACUAAAUGUUAAACAUUUAAAUAUCGCUGAAAUAUUUCUUACUUUGAAAACCAUCUAUCUGCAAUUAUGUGUCUGAAUUCCCCUCUUAGAAAUAAGAGUUUUAUUGAAGGGCUCACAUAUUCAGAUAUUCAUAUGUCAGUCUGUGUUGGUCAUUUUCAGAUCAAAAAGUCAAAACUUAAAUUAAAACAUCAAGUUACUCAAAUCAGAAGUCAAGAUAAAAAAGGACGUCUGUCCUAUCAGGUUAGUCAUGUGACCCAAGAAGAAAAGUGACUGGAAACCCGAAUAUAGUGUUUCCUGUCUGAAUUUAUGAAUCUGAGUUUUUGACAUAGCAAAGCUUCAAAUUGCCUUCUGGGAUUUAAAACCACAUACAUUCAUAUAGAUGGAUUUCCAAAGUAAAACAUUUAAUGCUACAACAACAUUAGUGAAUUAAUUCAAAUACUUCUUUUUUUUUUUGCUCCCAUAGACAAGAGAUCAUGACAAACAUUGAUGUGUGGCAUGACCAGGGUAUAAUCCUAUAACUAUCAGUUAGUAAAAAGUUUGUUACUUGCAGUGUAGAUGAAUAUGACUUGAAGUGAAAACCACCCCUGGUGCCUUGAAAUGCAAUGCCUGUCCAAAUAAUUGUUUUUAUAUGCUCCACACACGCAGUCCACUGGUAUUUACGUUACCUAAUGUAUUGAAACUGUGGUGGAGAAUAAAGUAUACUGAAACCUUAGAGGCUGUCUGCAUUUUAAAUAAACGUAUAACAAAGAAAAUGAAAA